CCCGUCCUGUGGGAAAUAUGAUCAGCGCCCCUGAUGUGGUGGCCUUCACCAGGGAGGAGGAGCUGGAGGAUGAUCUGUACCGCGAGCCGCCUCUGCCCGAGGAGUACUCGGUGCCGCUGUUCCCCUUCGCCGGCCAGGGCGCCAACCCCUGGGCCAAGGUCGCCGGCUCCAAGUUCACCCGGGACUUCAUCCUCAUCUCCGAGUUCUCGGAGCAAGUGGGGCCCCAGCCCCUCCUGACCAUCCCCGAUGACGCCAAAGUGUCGGGCACCUUCGAUCUCAAUUAUUUUUCUCUGCGGAUCAUGUCUGUGGAUUACCAGGCAUCCUUCGUGGGGCACCCUCCCGGCUCUGCUUACCCGAAGCUGAACUUUGUGGAGGAUUCCAAGGUGGUGCUGGGGGACUCCAAGGAAGGGGCCUUUGCCUAUGUGCACCACUUGACCUUGUAUGACCUGGAAGCCAGGGGCUUUGUGAGGCCCUUCUGCAUGGCCUAUAUUUCUGCUGACGAGCACAAAAUCAUGCAGCAGUUUCAGGAACUCUCCACCGAGUUCUCCAAAGCCUCCGAAUGCCUGAAGACGGGGAACAGGAAAGCUUUUGCCAAUGAACUGGAAAAGAAACUGAAAGAUCUUGACUACACCAGGACCGUCCUGCACAACGAGACUGAGCAACAGAAGAAAGCCAACGACAAGGGGUAUUAUACAACCCAGGCCAUUGAGAAGGCCAACGAGCUGGCCAGUGUGGAAAAGUCAAUCAUCGAGCACCAAGACCUGCUGAGGCAAAUCCGGUCGUAUCCCUACAGGAAGCUGAAGGACUCUGAAUUCCACCCCUACGAGCCAGAGUGUGCCCUGGAGCAGGCUAACGUGGGCAGCGAUCAGGACCCGGCUGCCUCCGAGCCCGGUGAAACUCACCUUUACACCCAUGUGCCAUCCUACACCCCCAAACUCAUCAAAGCCAAGUCUGCUAAGUGCUUUGACAAGAAGCUGAAGACAUUGGAGGAACUCUGUGAUGUUUAUUUUUUCACCCAGACCCUUGACCAGUUGCACCAUAUCGAGAGGACUUUUCGAGGUGAUGUGUGUUACCUCCUGACAGAGCAGAUCAGCCGAGCUCUCCUAAAGCAACAGAGUGUCACCAACUUCCUAUUUGAGGAUGUGUCUUUUCUGGAUGAAAAACCUCCUGAAAAACAGUACAGAGGCUGCCAGGGGCUCGACCAAGAUGAAAAGUGCUCAGAAGAGUCCCUGGCUCCUAAAGUGGUCAUCAGCCUGGGCUCUUACAAGUCCAGUGUGGAGUGUGUGCCCAUCAAGAUGGAGCAGGAAAUGGAGGAUUCUGAAGAACCCAAAAUGUCUGAGUCCGUGAUGUCUGAGCACCAGGAGAACCUGGACUAUCUGGAUGCAGAUAUCAAGGGCAGCAUCAGUAGCGGGGAGAGCAUCGAGGUGCUGGGAACGGAGAAGUCGGGAUCUGGGCUGACGAAAUCGGAGAGCCAGGCCAGCCUGCCCGUCAUUGCCAGCCCCCAGGCGGGCAGGAGCAAGGUGGGCAGCCGGCGCACGGUCAGCGAGGACAGCAUCGAGGUGCUCAGCACGUGUCCCUCCGAGUCCCUCAUCCCAGAGGAUUUCAAAGCGAGCUACCCAAGUGCCAUUAACGAGGAGCCCUACGUGGAUGAUGAUGAAGGAGGCCUUCGCUUCACCCCCAGACUGAACCCAGGCAUCGAUGACGGGCAGGACGACAUCUCCAAGCAGGAAAGCUUAGUGCAGGUGGAUGCUGCAUGUUGUAUCGGGAAGGAGAGCCCCAAUUUCCUGGAGCCCCUGGCCGAGCUGGGGCAGAAGCCGUGCGAGGAGGACGGGGUGGUGCGGAUCCCCCCUCAGCCCUACCGGCCGGCCGAGCCGGGGCUGCGCGGGGGCUUCCCCUCCCACGACGGCCUCUCGGGGGGGCUCCUGCCCUACGAGCUCGACUCGCGCUACCUGACAGGCCAGGGCAGCAGGGAGGUGAGUAAGAGCAGCCUGGACGAGUACUCGGACUCCACCAGCUACAUCAGCAGCGCCGCCUCCACGUGCUCCGACAGGACCCCCUCUCCCGCCCACCUGGGCUGCGCGGCCGGGGACAGGCACAGAAAGAGGGCGGGCCAGAACGCGCUGCGCUUCAUCCGCCAGUACCCCUUCGCCCAUCCUGCCAUCUACUCCCUGCUCAGCGGGAGGACCCUGGUCGUGCUCGGGGAGGACGAGGCCAUGGUCAAGAAGCUCGUGACGGCGCUCUCCAUCUUCGUGCCCAACUGCGGCGUGUACGCCAAGCCCGUGAAGCACUGGGUCACCUCCGCUCUGCACUUGGUGGAUUUCCAGAAGUGGAAGUUGAUUGGACUCCAGAGGGCAGCGUCCCCUGCCGGGGUGAACGUGCUGCACGCCCUGAGCCGCUACAGCCGCUACCUGAGCAUCCUGGACGCCGACAGCAAGACCCUGCGCUGCCCCCUCUACAAGGGCACCGUGGUGGCCCGGCUGGCCGACCACCGCACGCAGAUCAAGCGUGGCAGCACCUACUACAUGCACGUCCAAAGCAUCCUCACCCAGCUGUGCUCUAAAGCCUUCCUCUUCACCUUCUGCCAUCAUUUGCACCUUCCCAUCAGCGAAAGGGAAUCGGAGGAAUCCGUUGUGAAUCGCAGGAUGAACUUCCUAAAGCUUCAGCUGGGCCUUGCCAAUGAAGAUAUCAAAAUCGUGCAGUACUUGGCCGAGCUGCUGAAGCUGCACUACAUUCAGGAACCGGGGCAGGGGGGGAACCCCCUGCUCAGAUUUGACUAUGUUCCCAGCUUUUUGUACAAAAUCUAGCCUUGCACAGGCUGUGUGCACGGAGCUCAUCCGUGCUCGACAUUGCCGCUGUCUGCAGUAGCUCUCACGCAUCGGGGAGGGGCUGAGGUGUUGCUGUGUCUGCUCUGCAGAAAUCCGGGUCUGCAGGAGCAGAUUUCUGCGUGCUCCCUCCAGCCCAAAGCGUAGAUGUUCCAUCACAUAAACCAUCGGGCACUCUGUAAAUGUUACAAGGGGCACUGUUAAAGUGGGUCACGGGAGCAUCCUGGGGGGUCGUGGCAUGAGGGGAGUUGGGCUACUCGGGGAUCAAUACUGACUAGUGUGCAGCCCCCCAUAUAGCACAGUGUCCUGCACGCUUCUGCCAGAACCCUGAGCACUGUCAGUCCCUUCCACAGAGCCAGGGCUGUGACCAGAGGUGUAAAGGCCACAUGAAGUUUUGUGUCCACUGAUGUGUCUGUCCUGUAAGUGUAACUCAGAGCCCCCUGGCAGGGCAGCAGCUCACAGGUCUGUGCACAGCCACAGUGCUUGGUGUCCCUUCCUGCACUUCCUGAGUUUCUGGGCACUUCCCAGCAUAGGUUGUCACCUAUCCUAGGGUGAGUGGGAGCACAGCAGAGGCACACAUGCUUCUCUCCAGAAAGGGUUUCCCAGUUUCUCCCAGCUUUGUUCGAACCAGGAAGGUGGAAGCACUCCCUAAGGCUGGCGAGCCCCCAGGCGCCGGCCACUGUGAAUGUAGAGCACUGUGCCUUGUUCAUUUGUCACGUCCCAUUUGCUGGGCAAGCCGAGCAGGCUGGAGGGAGACUGGGAAUCCUCAGAGUGUGUGAGGACAGGGUGGCUUUUUAAAGACAGAAGGGAACUGAAGGAGGGUGAGGUCCCUUUUUUUAGGUGUUUUUUGUGAUGGGGAAACGAUGUGAUUCAGCUGUGAGACAGCAGGCUGUUACCAGGGGCUGCCUGGCUGGUGAAGUGCAAGUGCUCAGGUGAGAUUGGGGAUGAAUGUACUGGAUUCUAUGUUCUAUCCAUAAUAGUUUAUUUUAUUUUUUUUUGUUGUUGGGGAGUUGGUGUUUGUGCUUUGUGGUAAAACAAGGCUGAGCAUCGCUGUGUGCUAUUCCUGGCUGAGCCGUUGUCACAGCCUGACUACCUCUCCCAGGGCUCCUGGGUGGCUCUGGAUGGGGCAGAACUGCUGCUCUCUGAGCCUGGGCACUGAGAACUUUUCCUUUCAAAGCUUCUGUGCCAUAAAGGAUGUACCACCAACGUGGUGACACUCUCAGGUGAUUCCUGUCAGUGCUGAAAGCUUUGUGCCUGGGGGCAGGAGUCUCUAGGUGAUGCUGGGCCUGGGCUGCUCUGCCCGGUGCCAUGUGGCAGCAGCAGCUCCCAAGGUACUUCUAAAGUAAGAAAAGUCUUGCUAGGAAAUAUAAUCUUGGUUUUAAUUCUUUUUAAUGCUGAUUAUGGGGUAAGAACAGCUAAGAUCGUACAAGAGCCGAUAUGUACUUUGGUUUGUUGUUUUUUUUUUAAACUUAUGUUUAUGGUGAUAAUGUGAGGCAGCUUUGGACAUGAUUAUGAUCUUCUUUCUGAGACUGGAAAUUUUCUGUGUACAGCCUGGGGUUCCCCAGCAUGGCUUAGACCCCACUGAGACUUGCUGUGAGACCUGCACUCCUCCAAAACCAUGUCCUGGAGGCAGGGAGGCUCUUUGAGGAGGCUGUCAUUUUGCACCAGCAUCUGUGCCUCAGGAUCGUGCCACCUCCUCCUCCUCUCUCCUGGAAAGGGCUCUCUGGGGUAUAAACCAACAGGGCAGAAAAAUUGUUUUUAAGGUUAUUGCUGUUUGUGGUGGCUCAGCCAAGUUGGCCUCGUGGUUCUCCCCAGAGGGGUUUCCUGGGUCAGGAGCUGCUUGUGGUGGUGCUUUGAGAUCGUGGUUGGAAGCAGUGUGGUGUGGCCUUUGCUGAAGGUGAGCAGUGUCUUUCUGGGCCUGCUCACCUUUACAGCACGUUUAAAGCCUUUUCCUGUUCUACCCGUGCCCUCCUGUCUCAUGUGAGCUGAGUGCUGGUGAAAGGCCUCUGUUCCCAUCAAAUUGGCUGCUUCCUGAAGUGACUCAAGGUGCCCCCCUGGUUGAUUCAUGCACACCCAAACUUCCACACUAAAGCUGAGGUGAGAUUCCCUGGGGGAAGAGGUGUCUGGGUAGAUGAGUAAUGCAGGUGACACCAGGCAGAUGAAAACUCCCAGCAUCCUGCUCUGGAGCAGUGCUUAAAACAGGAGCUUAUUUCCUGCUGAAAAAUAACCUAGUGCUGUUUGGGUUUAAGGAGGGAGGGAGGGAGGGACAGACUUUUUUUCUGCUGACUCAUUCACAUCUUCCUCCAACACGGAGUGGGAGAGAUGAUUUGUGAUGGCUCAUCUUAGUCACAGUGGUCUCGACCUGUAGUGUUCAGCUGUGCUCAUAAAUUGGUAAAUAACUCACUUCUUGCUCCCUCUGUCCAACCUGUAGUAUCUGAUAUUCAAGGCCGUGUUGAGCAAUACUUGCACUACCACCUGUCUGACCUGCUUCACUUCUCUGCCACAAAGCAGCUCUGACUGGGGAGGAUGCCCCGGGGGCUUGGCUGGAACAUCACCCGAUUCCCAACGGGAGCUCUGGGAUUAUCAUCUGCAACUGGGAGCUGUGGAGAAACACGCCCUGGAGUGCUUGUCCUCCUCUCAGCAGUGUAACCUCUGAACUUGGACUGGGAAAGGGGAAGUUAACACCGGGCUGUGGCACCUCAGUGUAUUUGGAGCCCAACCUGCUUGUGGUGGCAGAAACUGGGGGGAUUCCGGGCACAGCUGGUGUUUGGGAGCUGAAUUCCUCUUUCCUCUGUAAUUUGUCUGUCUCUGUUCCUCUGCUCCUGUACAGUACAGAUCCCUGUAUUGGCACUUUAGGACUUUCCUCCAUCUCUGGUGUGGUACCUCACCAGUUUCUGGUAUUCACAGACUAACAACAAGCCACAACCUUUGCACUGAUAGCUCCUGCCAUGAGUCCUGGCACGUGUGUCAUUGUCUUGCCUGAGCCAUCGUUCCACGAGGAGCAGGGCAGGUUCCUGGCCGGGGCAGUGCCAUCCUCACCUGGAGCCUUUCAGCUGCCAGAGCCAGUCCCUGCUUCCGUGAGUGCUGCUAGCCCAGCAUGUCCCCCCUCCCGCACGGCCACGCUGGCUCCUCCCUCGCUGCCAGGGACAGGAGGUGUUCGACCUGACCGAGAAUUCAUCAGAGCAGAAGCCACCCCCGGCCAGGAGGGAGAGCUCCCGAUUCCCACUCCUGCUCUUCCCAGCUGCUCAGAGAGCCCCUGCUCUGCUCUCCACUAACCCUCUGCUUCCAGCUCCCACCCCAGGAGGGUCAGCCAUAGCUGUAGGUGAUCUUAACCCUACAAAGGUUUCAUUUCUCAGAGAACAGUGCUCAGAUUUUCUUUCAUCUGAUAGCAAUCACUUGUGAGCAGCUCCACAGCUGCCUUGCCUCGGCAGGGAGGAGCUGCCUAUACUCUAGCAAUAUUCCCCGUGGUGGGAGAGGCACUCCAGGGGCGGGAGCUGAUGGCUCUGAGCCCCAAGGCCAGUUCUUUGGGUUUUAUUGAGCGUGAGGGUCCCAAGCCCCCUGGUCUGGUGGUCAGCCUGGGGCCAGCCCACGCUGCAGAUUCCGGGAGCUGGGGAGGAUCCGGGGCUUGUAGCAGCAGCACAGCGAGAAGGCUCCUGUAACAGGGUCUGAGGGAAUUCAGGGAGCUGCCCAGGCUGCCCCAGAGCACAAUGUCAGAGCACCAAACUGCACCCCGAUGUUGGAGGGGUCACAAACCCCCCACCCACUGCUCCCCGAAACAGAUUUAACUGGAAGGCAGAAGCAGGGUACCCAGUCCUGCUGGCAGCACGGCUGCUGGCAUGGGGAUGGGGCUGGGCUUGGAGCUGCCUCUGAGGGCCGCCAGGAGGCUGUGAUGAAUUCUCAUCUUAUUUUAAAAGCACUGUAUCCUAUUCCUGCAUGUUGAGUUCCGUGUGUGUGCCUGUGCGUGCCGAAUGCUUGCGUCAGUAGUUAGGGCGAGUGUGACCGGGAGAAAUCCAAGAAGCAUGUCUUAGUGUCGUGCUGUAAGUGUUACUGCACAAGAGUUUAACAGAUGUUAACACCAAAUGACUAGUCUGAGAAAUGUACUUUUAAAAAAAAAUAUUUAUUUGGGUUCAGAUAUUUUUGAAAUACAAAAAAAAAAAAAAAAUUGGUCGUAUUUUUUAAAGCUUAUAAUUCUUGUCAUACGUUGUGGUUAAAUUCUUAAUUUUACCGUGCUUAUUAAAAAAUGGUUCAACCUAA